AUGGGAUCAUCUAUUGCAAAAGGAAUGAAGGAGAAUUAAAAGGAAAUGUAGAAGGAAAUGCAAAAGAAAUAGUUGGACAUGAUGUUAAAAUAAAGAUAAACUUAAAUGGCUAUGUAAUUCGCUUCAGGCAAAGAAUUUUUCCAUUGGUAUGCUUCCUUUUAUGCUCUUAUAUUUCCAUUCUGCAUAAUGGGGGCAUUGAAAAAGAAGAGUCCAUUGCCCAUAAUUCCUUUGGUUCCUUUGGGGUUUGUGUGCGGCUAUCAAUAUGAUAUGUAUUAUGGAGACAAAUUGCAGAGGAUAAGAGAGGAAGCAGAAAGACUGAUUGAUAGAGAACCUCAACUGUUCUACUUUCCCAAGAAUGCCCACAUAGUGUCAUAGGAAGAAUAUGAAGAAAUUUUGGGGAUAAAUAAAAACAACAAAUGA